AUGGUCAAAGUUGACGUUCGAAGGGACUAUUACGCCGAUCUAGGCCUACAGCCGAACGCGGAGGCCGAAGAUAUCAAGAAGCAAUUUCGGAAAUUAGCUCUCAAAUUCCACCCUGAUCGAAAUCAAGGCCAUGAACAGGAAGUGAUUGCAAAGUUUCAGGCCAUUCAGGCAGCGCACGAGGUUCUGAGUGAUUCUCAGCAGCGCUUGAAAUAUGACACAGAGCGCCUGCGUGCAGGUUAUGGCAAGCUCUACGGGCCAGCCAAAACCGCCGCUCGCAAACCCCAGCCUCAUUAUUCCCCAAGCUACGCUUCCGCCGCUCCGCCGAAAACACAAGGACCAAAAGCCUCCUCUAGUAAUCGACCACAGGGUCCUGCAAGCGGCCCUUCAGCUGGCGCAAAUCGCUACGCCACUCACGCCCGCGCAGGUCCUCAGGAAUGGCAGAAACCACAGGAUCAGUCUCAGACUAGGGCGGAUGCUUUUAAGGGAUUUCAUAACAUGAGAGGGCAAAAUUGGCGAGGCUUCGAUCCUACAUCCGGAGCAGCCCCUCGCCAACAAAACACACCUUUUGGGCAUCAAAAGGCCAAAUCCGCAUAUGAAUAUUUUAAGGAAAGCGCUCAGGCCAAGAACACAAGCCAAAACACUGCAAACUCGCCUCGAAAGAGGAAUGGCUAUGCGCCGGGAACCGCCGCUGGGGAUGAACCAAUGGCUGCAAGUACAAAUGCCUACAAGAAUACUCGAAAUGAGCGGCCAAGUUCCAUGUAUUUCGAUUCUGCCCCGCCGCCAACAGCGAAGAAGUCAACGAGGCCAGUCUCCCCAACUUGGCAACCAGAAUCGGCGCGAGCGCCCUCUCCCCCUUUGGCGCAGGAGUUUGAACGCACAAGUCGCAGCUAUGCCUCUGUGGGAGGCGAGAAGACUUAUUUCGCAAGCCCUGGCUUGGGACGAUCGUCGACUAUGCGUACACCACCCACUUCGCACCGAACGUCCAAUAUGCGUACUGAUCCGUCCGGAUCUGGCCGGCAACAAAAUGGGAGACAUCGAAGCGCCAGCCCGAGAUCCAGAUCAUACUCCUUUUCAUCAACGUCGAGUGACCCAGACGACGAUAGCACAGAGGAAGAAGUACGCCGGCCGAAUGGCUUCAAACCCAUGGCUGUACCCAAGAGUCGUCUUCGGCCUGGUCAAACUGCCAAGAUCUUCGAGUCGAUAUGGAGACCUGCUGGGGCCUCCUCGUCCCAGUCUGCCGACCAAGCCCACCAGACCUCGUCAUCCACGCAGGGCCGACGUGCCCCCACGUUUAUUGAUUUGACAGCCGACAGCGACGAUUCCAAAGGCCAUAACUCGGAUAGCGCGGCAUUUGCAAAGGGAAAUAGUGCUUCCCAGCAGCCGCCGCACGUUGAUCAGAGCUCUACCGCAAGGCGGGAGCGGAUGAAUUCUGCAGCAUCAGCUCACCGGGAUGCAGGUAGUCUUCACAAGAAAUUCUCAGCUGAGGAUUGGCGGGAGCAUCUGCGUGAGGUUGAUUUCCUCGGGGCCAAGCUGAAGGAGCCGAAUGUGAAUGGCAGAGAUCGACCACUGAACCCUAACAGUCGUCCUCGAGCCAGCACGCGUGGCAGUCCUGUGCAGUCAGCGGCAGCGGCAGGUUUUGGCGGAAACACUCCCACCCCAUCUGCGGGCGCAGGAGGGUUCGGAUCACAGUCACAGCAAAAUCCCACACCGUUUGCUCAGGCCAAGUUCUCGGCAGAUAAGUGGUCCAGGGACCUUCACAAUAUCUCGUGGACGGCUGCGGAAAAAUCAGGACAAUCGGACAAUGCGUCCCCGUCUCGUAGUCCCCAGAGAGCAACACGCACAGCCACCAAAGUCCGCAGCACUCCAAAGCCCGCUCAAGUAGCAAGUGACGCUGAGGAAGCCGCUCAUACGGUCAAUUUGGAUGCCCUGGGUCAGAAGAACUCGCCCAUUCUCGUUGAUGAUGAGCCAAUGGAUCUCGACGAAGAACUCACUCCUCCUGCGACUGGGAUCCCUCCAAAUGGCGUCCAAAACUCCGCUUUUCAUGAUCUCCCAAGGCAUCAUGCGCCAGCCGCGCCUCAAGGCACCGCAGAGAAGCCUCCACACCACGCUGCGCCGGAGACGAUAUCUCCACAGACCAACUCCCGGUCUCCUCUGUUUAAUUUGGGCAAUUUUGGCAAUACGGCCCCUUUCACGAGCACGAACAGCAGUGGGAUAGAAAACUUGGGGGACGUCUCCGCUACACUUCCGUUCGAGUCAAAAGCCAAAGCCCAACGGACCACGACGGAGGAUAUCCGUCCACGAGCUCUACAACUCCCUAAUCCUCCCAAGAGGCCCAAGGUGCCGCAGCUGGUCCCUGCUGCCCUUGGCUCGCAAAAGUUGGUCCUUCCUCGAGAUCAAUGGAACUACUAUGUGUCUGCAAUGGGUACCUACCUGCACGAAUGGAAUCUCUUCAAUCGUCGGAUGCUACUACAUUUCAACACGCGUCAAGAUGCCAUUGAAACAGGUCUGGCACCUGGGUGGAUCAGUGCUGUUGGCGACACGACCCGUCUGAAGAUCGACCACGCCGAUGACGACAGUCGAUCUCGUCCGAACCGACCCGGGGUCGACUCUGAUCCUCUCGAGGCUGACGAGUUUCUUGUUCCCGGCAGUGGGAAAGGUGGCUUCAGCGCAUAUCUUCGCGGAGUUGAAGAAGAUAUCGCCGUGCGCAAGCAUUGGGAGGUGGCCUGUGAGCUGCAUCGUGAAUGUAUCGUGGAAUUAGGCCGAUUACGAGAGUGGAUUCGAAAUGGAGGUAAAGUGGUGUGA